AUGAAGCCUACUGAUCUACAAUUUUUCGCAGGAGGAAAGAAAAAACCACUCAAACAGCCCAAGAAAGAAAAGAAGGAACUGGAUGAGGUACAAUUUUGCAUGUUAGGAAUCGAACGACAAAUUCGUUAAAAUACUUAGGCGUGCAGCUGUUAUAAUUCAAUUUUAUCCCUGAUUUGAGUUGUAUCUGUCUUGAACUUUUUGUUACUUAUCAUAAGAUACGCUGCCUUUCCAUGGUGAGGAUAAAUGUUAGACAGCUCUAGGGCUACACACGAUCAUUCUUUGACUCGCGCUUUUCUAAGUUAAAGAGGUAUUUAAUGAAAGGCUGUUAGAGGGCAGAUUGAUUUCUUCAUAGUCUAUGGUGCACAAGCAAAAAUUUGUUUUUAAGACUAUAUAUAUUUUUCAGAAAUACAAUAGACUUCGUUUUCCUCUCGAUCAAAGCUUCUAGUAUGUUUCAUGCAGAAGGGCUGUGGGGGAGGGGGUAGUGGGAUGAAACUCAUAGGGGGAAGGGGUUGUAUGAAGGUCUGUUGUAGAGCCUAAGGAGGUAUAAUGUCAAGAGAUAGUCAUGGUUUGGAAUAGAUUUUCAGAUUAACCCCUUAACUCCUAUCAGUGACCAAGAAAUAAGUUCUCCUUACAAUUUCAAUACAACAUCAAACAGACAAGUUAGGAGAAACAUCAACAAGGGAUGAUCAGUUGAUCCAAUACAAAGUUUCCAGAACUAACUUCAUAAGAAUUGUAUGGCAGACAGUGAAGAGAAUUACUAAUAAGAUCUUGGGAAUGUUAAUCAUUUUAAUAGAUUAUUAAACCUAUCCCAGAGAAGCAAGUAAUAGAAUUUGAACUUGGUGGAGACACCUUAGGUUUCUGAUCAUGCUGUAUACAAGGGUAAUAGUGUAUUUGAAAAAUAACACACUUCUGAUUGGCUGAAAACAAGUGCAUUCUCAAGUUAUAGGAUUAUAAAGUUGUAACACGAGGGCAAAUUACGAAAAGUGCAUGCAUGCUUUCAAAAUUUUUUCUGUUUCAACUUUCUGUAAUUUUUUUUCAUGUACAUGAUUAACAAGUAAUAAAAUGAUUUCUCUUGCAGUUUGGUGUAAUAAGCACUUGUAAAUCUUUCAACAACUACAAAUUGCACUUGCCCUAUGGGCCUCUACAAAAAAAUUCACAAGAGCUUAUUCGCACAAAAUUGUACUCAAAAUCAUGUUGUUACCUAUAGUAAUUUUUUUAGCAAUUUUUUAGGAUGAGGUGGCACACCAGCAGAAGAUGAAGGCUGAUAAAAAGGCACUGGAACAAGCAAAGGCUAAAGCAGCUCAGAAAGGACCAAUGGGUAUGAACAAUGCUUAACUCUUGAAACUGUAAGAGUGACUAGUGUCUAGUUUCUUCUUACAACAAUUCUGCUAAACCAACAUGAUUGAGAAUAUAAGAAAAUGUUUGCAACCUAAGAAGCUUUGAUUGUGAGACAAAUUCUCCCAGUCAGUACCAAAGGGAAUGUAUAGAGAGGAGUAUGGAGAAAUUGGAUACUGAUGUUGGAGUGACAAGGCCUGGGUUAAUAAAUCCUAAGAGUAAUUAUCAUCUAAUUUCUUCCUAUAGUAAUACUGCCACAUAUAAAUCCUACAGUACAGUCGUGAGAAUAAAAGAAAAUUAUUGCCAACCUAAGAAGCUUUGAUUGUUAGAUAAAUUCUCCUUGUCAGUACCAAAGGGAUGUAUAGAGAGGAGUAUGGAGAAAAUCGAUACUGAUAUUAGGAUGUUAAGGCUUGGGUUAAUAAAUCCUAAGAGUGACUAUCAUCUAACUUCUUGUUACAGUAAUACAGCUGAAUCAUUCUUUAAGAUCAUGGAAAUAACAGAAAUGAUGGCUUCCCUAAGAAUCUUUCAUUAUGAAAUGAAUUCUAGCAAGUGAAAUAAAUCAAAAUACAAAUUUGUAACAAAAGUUAGUUAAGUUUGUUCUUGCAAAAAAUCAUCACUUUACAUAAUACCUUUCUGAAAAAGUUUUGCUUCACAGAGGAAAAUGAUAACCCUUUGCAAUUAAAUAUUAGUAUGCAUUUUCUCCACACUGUUGUCAGACAUUUCCGAAGGUUCUGUUAAGGAGAUUUUGUUGAAAAAUCAAGAGCCUCUUGAGUUGAAGAUCAUUUCCUAUAUUCCCAUGACCUUAACGUUUGACACAGGAGAGAUACUUUAAGGAGAAAUUGGACUUUAGUCACUUUAAGGGCUGAAAUAAUUAAUAGUUUAUUGUGUUUGAUACAAUCUUUCUUAUUUUUCCAGGUGGAAGUGGUAUAAAAAAAUCUGGAAAGAAAUGA